CAUAUCUUGACAUAUGACACUCAAUUAUAGCAAAAAUGAAUUUAAUUAAAACAAUAUAUUAAUACAAUAAAAAUUUUAAGUGAAACAACUACCGUUGAUAAAAAAAUCUCACUCGGUACAACAAAAAUGACGCAAGUAAACAGCGCCCAUUCCCGCAACCCUCCGGCGCAGUUGAUUGUCCCUUGUCCAGUAGGAUCAAACGUUUCUCAUACAGAAGACUUCAAUGUAUGUAGGCCUAGUUGCAGUGAAUCAUCUCAUGGAGUUUUAGCUGUUGUGGAAGGAGGGCGUAAUGUUUUGGCGAGAUACCAAGAAAGAAGAGGCCUUUCUAAAUAUGAGCCGUUGAAUUUCGUUUGUCUAAUGGGAAUUUUAGUACGACAAUCUUAUUAUGCCCUGGCUGCAAUUUUUAUGAUGAUUUUAAAUUUGUUGGCUCUUUUACAAGGGUUUUUAUACUUAACAAGAUUUAUAUUCGAUAAAACUAUCGAUAUCUCGAAUGCAGAUGGAACAGCAACAAAGGUUUACAAGUUAACGCGCUUUAUUGUUGAACUUUUGAUUGUCGUUGGUAUACAGGUGGUAGUGUGUAUUUUUAUGGUAUUUCCGGUGUGCCACUUAAUCGCAAAUAUGUAUACACGCGUUUUGGAUACUAUAUGAAGUGUGCUUAUUUAUGCAAUACAGAAGGUUAUAUAUA